AUGUUGAAAGAGAACCCCAACUUAGGAAGUAGAAAAGCAUCCUUGGAUGCACGACAAGACGUAUUAGUAAAGGAGAUUCCGAAGCUUGGUGCAAAGGCGGCGUCAAAAGCCAUCGAGGAAUGGGGAAGAAGCAAGUCAGAUAUCAGUCAUCUGGUGUUCUGCAGCUACGCAGGUAUGGACAUGCCCGGUGCUGACUACCAACUUGUCAAGCUCUUGGGCCUUAAACCAUCCACCAAAAGGUUCAUGCUGUACCACCAGGGUUGCUUUGCCGGUGCCACCGCACUUCGUCUCGCCAAAGACCUUGCAGAGAACAACCGUGGAGCACGUGUUCUAGUUGUCUGUGCUGAGAUCACUGUUGUCGCAUUUCGUGGACCCUCCGAAACCCACGUGGACUCCUUGGUCGGACUAGCACUCUUUGGUGACGGUGCUUCAUCCGCCAUCGUUGGAUCCAACCCCGAAACCUCCGUCGAACGACCCUUGUUUCACAUUGUGUCGGCAUCUCAGACAAUUGUACCCAACUCCGAGGGUGCAAUGGAGGGACACUUGUGGGAGAUAGGACUCACUUUCCAUCUGAAGGACAGUGUUCCUAUGUUGAUCGGAAACAGCAUUGAGAAAAUGUUGGAAGAAAGCUUCCAGCCACUCGGGAUUAGUGACUGGAACUCGUUGUUUUGGGUGGUGCACCCUGGUGGCCCUGCAAUCUUGAACCAGAUAGAGGCGAAAGUUAGGUUGAACCCUGAAAAGCUGCAAGCAUCUAGAGAGGUUCUAAGUGAGUAUGGGAACAUGUCGAGUGCGUGUGUGUUGUUUGUACUUGAUGAGAUGAGAAGGAAGUCUGUGAAGGAAGGGAAAGCCACUACUGGUGAAGGACUUAAAUGGGGCGUUUUGUUUGCCUUUGGCCCUGGAUUGACCAUCGAGACCAUGGCUUUGCACAGUCUGCCAUUAUAG